CCUCUGAAGAGAUCAACAAUAGUACAUUCAUCAGAAGAGCUGCAGUUGGAGCCUUGGAGGAGACAACGGAAGGCUGGGACGAGGGGGGCCGGGCUAGAGGAAAGAAAAGAGACUUCUCUUCUAGCCAAGAUGAAAGACAUACAAGCCAUUCAGGAACCCUCAGUGGCCCUACAGACUGACGUCCACGAACAGGAAGAGAAAAUGGACAAUCAAGCACGAAGAGAAGAUACACAUGACGAUCUCCCAAAGACACAGCGAUCUUUAGUACAUUUUUUUCCAACGACGACAGAUUCAGAAACCACAACACUGCCAUUGUCACGGUCAUUAUCUCAUGAAAUGCUUCUCAGUUGCUUUCUGUCUAGCCCUCAUUUUAGUGGAGAAACUAUAUCAACGAUUGGAAAAAAGUCUCUUAAAUCUAUCAUAGUGAGCCGUUCCCGAUCAGAAAAGAGCUUGGGAGUUGACAGCUCCAUAAUUCCAAAGAAACAGCCUCUGUCAGUCCUUGCUCCUGAGCCAGCUGUGACUGGGGAAGGAGAGGAUUAUUUCCUAUCUUUGUUUGGUGAUUCAAAGAAACUUAUUGCACGCUCAUUCCAUGCCGAGAAAACUUGGAAGCACUUUUCUAUGAUUCUUGAAGAAGUGGGCCCCUCUAGAUCCAGUGCUCUGGGAGACAUUAAAAUAGCUGAAGUGAAUGUCAAGGGUUUAUUCGUGAAGUUCGUUAACUCUUCCCUUGACAAAGAAGUGGAUGUUGGAGAUCAUAUUCUCCAGCAAAACGUGAAUGGACAAGUAAUCUCUUUGUACCGUUUCCUUCCAAAUAUCAUACUGCAAGCCAAUUCCACAGUAACGGUGUGGGCAGCAGCAUCUGAAGCAAAGCAUCAGCCGCCAUCAGAUUUUCUUUGGAAGGAACAAAACAAGUUUACAACAAGCCCGAAUUGUACAACAAUCCUGUGCAAACCUAAUGGUGAAGCCAUUGCCUGGUACACUCCGAUUCACUGGAAGCAAGCGUUGGAGAAAUUAGAGACUGACAUUGAAUUUGACAGAUGCUCAGUAGUAAGUCCAGCGUCUCGAAGGCACAUGUUUCAUUGGCACGAAGUUAUGACUACAGCUAAAGAAGAACAAGAUCAGUCUAAGAAAGGUAUCUCAAAAUGUCAGAUGGAACCAGCUCAAGCUUUUCUUAAGAGAGAAAAAGAAAUGCCACCAACACUUUUCCCCAAUCGCAGCCCUUGGUGUCACAGUCCUGAUGUCCCUGCACAUCCCUACUGUUCUCUGAUUGAGCCUCAUAAUACCAGCAUGGCUGGAAGCAGCUUAGAUAGACAGCCCAGGCGUCAGUCAGCCAGGCCUAAUCCAGUGCAGGGACCAGGAAAAACAAGACAUCUCAGUUACAAAAGCAAUAGGCAAACUCAACCAUUGAAGCACAAUAAUAUCCAAGCCUAGAGAACACAAGGAUGCCCGACAUGUCCAGCCAGCCUUCAUCAUACUGGAGAGGAAGCCAGCAGCAAGCAAAAAAAUGGAUUCUUUUAGAAAAAAUAACUCCUCCCGACUUUACUGUAACCACUUCUCAAAAAAGGAGAUAGUUUGUGGACAAGUUACAACAUUUGCUUUCUAGGCUGUAAAGAAGAAAAACAUUGGUCAAAAGCAAAACCGUCACAGUCUUCUUUUUAUGCACAUGGAGUUUCCCAGUCACUAAUUUGAGUCUUUUGUACCCUGCCGCACAGCUGUUAGGUCGACAACUUCUGCCAUUUCUGCAGAU